AGAGUCACUUUUUUACAUCAUUGCUAUAGCAACUGGCUUUUUCUUGCGGAGAGUUUUUGGUGCAAGGGUGGUGAAGAUGGCAUCUGCAGGACUUCAGAUUUGUGGAAUCUUCUUGGCCUGUGUUGGAGUUUUGGGUGACAUCAUUGUCUGUGCACUGCCAAUGUGGAGAGUCUCUGCUUUUGUUGGGAACAACAUUGUGACGGCACAAACCUUCUGGGAGGGCCUGUGGAUGAAUUGUGUGAUGCAGAGCACAGGACAGAUGCAAUGCAAGGUCUAUGACUCCAUGCUGGCUCUACCCCAAGACCUCCAAGCUGCCCGGGCCUUGAUUGUGAUUUCCAUCCUAGUUGCCUUCUUGGGACUCCUACUAGCUGUCGCAGGGGGGAAAUGCACCAACUGCAUUGAAGAUAAGGCAUCCAAGAGUAAGGUGGCCAUUACUGCAGGUGUGUUCUUCAUUGUUGGUGGUAUCCUGUGCCUCAUCCCUGUGUCCUGGUCUGCUAACGAGGUCAUCAGGAACUUCUACAACCCUAUCUUGAAUGAUGGCCAGAGGAGAGAACUGGGAGCAGCGCUCUUCAUUGGCUGGGGUACAGCAGGACUCCUAAUCAUCGGUGGGGCACUCCUGUGUUGCCAGUGUCAGCAGCGUAAAGAUGGCGGAUAUGCUAUCAGAUACUCGGCUCCAGGCUCAAGAGCCAGCGCAGGCGCAUAUGUUUGAAACUCAAGACUACUUUCCAGGGAACUGGACGAGCUG